GGAAAGGAGUGCUGAAAAAAGAAGCGAUUUUGAAGAGACCGAAGUCUUAUUUUUAAGGAGGAUUCGAGGAGUCUGCGUUUAUAAUCCGACAUUAGAGGAGGAUGUGAAUCCACAAAACUUAUGUUAAUUAGAGAUGUUAACGAAUAUGCGAUUAGAACGGCUCUGAAGCACCUCGCGAAGAAAUGAAAUAGCCUAAGUGUUUUUUUGGAGGAUUGCUGUUCAUCGUCCACUUGCCCCCAGAACUGAUUGGCAGCCUGUUCGGUUAUUUGCGUCCAAAAAGGAGUUGGCUAUCAGAGGUUGUUUCGGACUGUGCGUUUGUGCUCUUCACAGAUACUGGAGUUUCCAUUAUUUCGGACCGAGGGGAUGAAUUCAGAGGGGUCGUUUUGCAACGAUUGUCGACUAAUUUCCAAGGUCCGUCUACGGUCUGCCAGACUUUGUGGAAAAGGAGAUAAUUGUUUGUUGUCAGUGCAGUCUGCAUUGCAACUCACUACAGUGGACUGCGAGAAAAUCUUGAGGAGUGACAACUGACAUUCACACGGCAAACCGAGAAAGCUCCGGAUCAACUUUAAAAACUGAAGCGCGCAAGUUUAAAGUCUGGAAUAUAAGAAUAGAUGAUUCUCAGAGGAAAGAAGACGAAAUACACCUAGGCCUACACAAUGUUCAAAAGGGGCUGUGGACUGGAGUUCCUGCUGGUUCUCUGUGGGCUUGAGCUUUCAUGGUCCUGCCCCCGUCACUGUAUCUGCUACACUGCACCCAGCACCGUCUCCUGCCAAGCCCAUAACUUCCUGUCAGUCCCUGAAGGCAUCCCCCAUGACAGUGAGCGCAUCUUCCUACAGAACAACAAGAUCCAUCGAUUGCUUCGGGGUCACUUCAGCUCCAAUACAGUCACUCUCUGGAUCUACUCCAACAACAUCACAUACAUCGAGCCGUCCACGUUCCACGGCUUCACGCGGUUAGAGGAGGUGGAUCUGGGAGACAACCGCCACCUGCGCUCCUUGGCUGAAGACACCUUCCACGGGCUGAGUCGCCUCAAUGCGCUUCACUUGUACCGAUGUGGGCUCAGUUCACUUCCUAGUAACAUCUUCCAAGGCCUCAGAAACCUGCAGUAUCUCUACUUACAGGAGAACCAUCUGAAGUACCUGCAGGAUGACACAUUUACAGACCUCCACAACCUGAGCCACCUGUUCCUGCAUGGAAACCGUCUAUGGAGUCUCAACCAGAACACCUUCCGAGGCCUUCGAGCCCUGGACCGACUGCUCCUGCACCAAAACCAGAUCGAAUGGGUUGACCGCCUGGCCUUCCACGACCUGAAACGUCUCACCACCCUCUACCUGUUCAACAACACCUUGAUACAGCUGUCCGGACAGUGCCUGGACGUACUUCCCGCAUUGGAAUACCUGCGCCUCAACGACAACCCCUGGUCAUGUGACUGCAAGGCUCUGUCGCUGUGGGAAUGGUUGAAGCGUUUCGGAGGUUCCACGUCUUCAGUGGUUUGCCAGGCGCCAGCUGAUUUGGUGGGUAAGGACCUCAAGGUGCUGCGCAAGGAAGACUUCCCCAACUGUCCAGCGACUGUACCUAAUUCUGAGUCCAGAGCCCAGACUAACAAUGUAUCUGGCACGGUGAAUCCGUCCAUGAAUCACAGUGUAGUGGUGGGCUCAGGAGGGCAGACCCACUUAGUGCACACCUCGAGGCGCUCUCGAAACUGCACAAAGCCUCGCAGCAGGGUGAGCAAGGGGAAGGGUGACAAUGAGGUUCACCACUCAAAGGAGGUCAUGGGCGACAAGGAGGAUGCCUCCCCGGAUUUAACAGAAGGGGGCAAACAUGACCACACGUCCCCAGACGGCACUGUCACGCGGAGGAAGCACAAGUGCACACCCCGGACCACUGUUCGCCCCCCUAGUGGGGUUCAGCAAGCCAACAAUAGAGCGACCUUAUCCCAGUCAUUACUACAUGCCUGUGCCCUCCUUGUGGCCUUAAUAACGACAAAUAUUGACUUCAUUUUCCGUUGACCUUCAGAGGGUUUUGCAGAUGCUAAUCACAAAAAAGCACAGCCCUCAGACCCUCUCUUGCUCCUGCACUACAAGGCCUGUGUGUCUUUUAUGUAUGUGUGUGUGAGUGUGAUUAUAUGUGUAAAUGUAGUGUAGGGAGCUCUAGUGUUCAGACUGAAACAGGCAUUAAAGCAUCAAACAUCUACAACAGAAAGACUUGCAGCACAAAAAUCGAAGCGACUGAGGGACAUAGAAUGAUACAAGGUUAAUGCUUGCACUGCCACUAAUGCCAGUAUGAUUUAAUCUUCAUAUGUCUUGGCAUCUUAUGUAUUUUAUUAUGUCUACAAUUUACUCAAAUGGAGUUUAGAUAACCAAAAUCUGGUGCAAAAUAGGAAGAGAUGACGGAGCAAAUGAGAAAGUUUAAAACCUGAAACCUGUUAGCUAUUUAGCUCGGAGACAGAUGAGCUAGGUCUUCGAGUGCUCCAUCCAGCUUUUAGCUCCAGUUCACAGUUUGUUCGUUAUCAAGAAGGUACAAAUGGUAAAUCAAUGACCCUGUAAACUCUCUGUCGUCAGUCCAACCUUGCUCUCAUCCUUUCUGCCAAAUGUAUUUUGUCCGAACAAUUGGGUGUAAGUGUUUCUCGUAAACAAAUAAGUACAGGUUUAGCAUGGCAAUAAAUUGUGGGUCAGUCUAAGACAUAGGAAUGUGCCAUUCAAACAAAAUGGAAACAUAUAGCCACAGAUUUUAAAGCUAUAAACAGAGCAACCAUAAGCUCACAGUGUAUUAACUACUCUCUAUAUAACGCUGACUUUUUCCAGGUACUGAACCAAACUUUCUGCCAAUUCAAACUUGUUUCUCAUUCGUAUUAGAUUCAUACACACAACUCUGCUUCAAUCUUCAUUUACGCCACUUCUCUCCUUCCGGGCAACUGAAUAUUAAGCCGCUAAUUGUUUCAAUAUGGCAAGGACUGCCAUGCGCUACUUUCAUUUGCUUGGGAAACAAUAUGUGUCUCUGGGAUUCCAAGCUGUGAAUAUUGAAGAAGUCUGUCUAUAUCUUGUGUCAGAUGUUGUUCAUUUGAUUUUUCUAAGACACCAAAUGGACCUAGAGAUGGAUCCUUGUUGUGUCACAAGGAGUCUUAGAGGCGAAGGGUCAAAGGGGGGCUUUCUCAGUUUCCCAGUGAUUUUGUGCUGAACUGAUGAAUGAGGGCGAACCUCCCUCAUUGAGAAUGUGAGGAACACAUAUUUUUUCAAUCACUUAACUUUAAAGGAAUACAAGAACAAGACUUGAGAAAAAAAUGUGUGUACCUUCAAUGUAAAAACAUUUUAAAAAGGAGCAUGGCAAAGAUGGGAUCAUGCAGAGUGAAUAAUGCCUCUUAAUUAACUGUGUGUGAUGUGAUUGUCCAUGAAUGACGGGAUCUAAGACCAAGACAAUCGCUUCUGAAGUAACAAGGGGGUGCAGAGCAAUGCAGAUCGACAGAUGGACGAUUACGGGACAUCUUGCUGUACUUCUGGAGCUUUUGUGCCUCCCAUAAAUCUACUGAUAAGAUGGUGUUUGUAUCAAUGAUGUGAACUAUACCUGUAACAAUGGAGACAAAAGGACUUCUUGCAGUGCUGAUAUUAAUCAUUUACUGUAUUACUAUGAGAAAAACAAUAUCAGUGACAUCGAUGAUAACAGGGUUUUCUGCUCCACCUGUCAGGAGGAGUUUUUCGACUUUUGAUUUUCUGGUGAUUUGUUGAUUUACGUAUUUUUCAUGAUAUAUUUUUAGAACCUUUGAUUUGUUAAUGCACAAUUCCUCACCUACCUUUUUCUUGUUCUACUGUAUGCCUCUUCAUCCACUUUCUUUGCCAUGUUUCAGUUGUUCAGUAAAUUAUCAUCAGAAAACAACAGUACAAUAUGUUUAUAAAGAUAUUAAAAUAUAU